CUUUUCAUGGACGCACUGAGAGGAGACUUGUUUACAAACAGCAGAUUCAGAACAAAAACAGAAAGCUUUGCUCUAAACAAGAAAAUAGUCAAUCUUGUCAACAGUAUGGAGGUUCGAGUCAGUCCUUAGUGAAUAUAAAAUAUAUCUUGAAGUGAUCAUUUCAGGGUGUCUGUGGGGGCAGUGAGAUAAGGCUGAGCAGGUGCCGUGUCUAAGUUACAAAGAGGUGUUGGCUGUGGGCAGUCAGCAGGACACAUGGCAGAGGAAGGCAGCAAGCUGACUCUGAGGCGCUUGGAGGCACCGAUCCACAAGUUCAUUAAAGUGGCUCUGCCCACGGACCUGGAGAGGCUGCAGAAACACCACAACAACAUACUGAAGUUCCAACAGAGCCAACAAUGGGACCGGCUUCAUCUGGAGCACGUCAAUGCCAGCAGAACUGUGCAGCAGUUGAGAGCGAACAUGAGGGAGAUGGAGAAGCUGUGCAUGAGGGUCCGUGCCGAAGACGCCCCCGCUCUCGACACGCUGGUCCAGCCGGUCAGAGACAGGGCGUCAGCCGCCGCCAGAGACUUCCUGCUUCUGCACUCUAACCCCGUGCCUCAGCCUGCGCCCAAAACACCACCUGCCGCUCAGCCUAACAGAUGUGUGUCCAGCAGUUACCACGACGAUGACGAUGUGUGUGAGGAGCCACUGUCUGGCAGGCAAAUCCAGCUCCAGCUCCCAGAAAUCCCUGCUGAUCAGAGUGCUGCUGAGUCCUGGGACAGCCUGGAAGAGGACCUGAAGGAGCUGAGUGGUUUGGUGACGGAGUUCUCGCUGCUCGUCCAUUCCCAGCAGGAGAAGAUUGACAGCAUCGAGGACAACGUCAACGCAGCCGCUGCCAACGUGGAGGAAGGGACCAAGAGCCUGGGGAAGGCGGUGGGCUACAAGUUGGUGCUGUUGCCGGUUGCCGGGGCGUUGCUGGGCGGUGUGUUGGGGGGUCCCCUCGGCUUGCUGGUGGGGUUCAAAGCAGCAGGGGUGGCUGCUGCUCUGGGAGGGGGGGUACUGGGGUACGCAGGCGGAAACCUGGUCCAGAAACAACGCAAAGCCAGAGUGGAUCUACAGAUGAAACGACUGACAGCACCACCACCAGAACCAGAGACACACAAAGACAAAUGACCCAACAGUUGUUUCUAUGCUCUGACCUCAGGCCUGAUCACUAAAGGCUUCGACUAGGAGCUCUAACUGGACCUCCGGCAGUGUCACAUUGCCUUAAAGAGACCCGCUGUAACGUCAUCAGGCUUCUCUGCUCACAUACUUUGAUGUUCGGGUAUGAAUGGUUUGUCUGUGAAGAGGUUUUACCACAUUUUAUACACAGCUGAAUUUGUAUUCCCAACGCAACUAAACAGUUAUUUACACUACAUUAUUAAGAAUGGUUGGGUGAGAUUUGGUGAAAUGUCUCUUUUUUUUUUAUGUCGUCAAUUAAAGGUGGGGUACGUAAGUUUGAGAAACCGGCUUGAGAUACACUU